AUGGCGACGAAGACGAAGGCCGGCACGGAGCGAAGGGGCGCAGACGGGUCGUGUUUCAAAGAGGUCGAGGUCCUGCUCACUCUCGCACUGCCGCCCAGCGGCCUGCGCGACAUCAAUGCCGCCGUGUGCAACCGCCUCAAUCAGAGCCUCAUGAAGUAUGUAGCGUUGGGAGAGGGAGGCGCCGGCGGCGUGCUGGUGGCCUACUGGGGCGUGGCAUUGGAGGGGUCGUGCGGCCGUAUCAUGUACGAGCAGCCCGAGCUCCACUGCCGCGUGCGCCUCCACGCCCUCUUCUUCGCCCCCUCGCCCGGCCUCACCCUCGUGGGUGAGGUGAACAAGGUGGGCUCGGACCACGUGGGCCUGCUGGUGGCGGGCGCGUUCAACGCUUCGGUGAGCCGUGACGCCGUGCCGGCCGACUUUGCGGCGGUGACCACCACCACGACGACGGCCGCCAAGGAAAAGAACGAAGAUGAAGACGAGGACGAAAACGAAGACGAGGACGAUGACGAGGCCAGCGCCGCCUCGGUGACUGCCGUUGAGUGCUGGCGAUCCACCACCGACCCCUCCCGCGAGCUCUCGCCCGGCCGUUUUGCCGCUUUCCAGACCACUGCGGUGAACACGUCGCGAGGAAUCAUCACCAUCUUCGGUUCGAUGCUGGCGCCACGCACCGGCCCGCUGCGUCAUGUGCCGGGCCUCGAGGCGAGCAAGCCGGCUCGCGAGAGCCAGGCCCACGAGCAGCACCAGGAGGCCGAGGAGGCGGCCAGCGAGGAGGCCACACAGCUGCCCAGCAGCGAGGACUCAGCCAAGAAGGAGCAGAAGAAGAAGCGCAGCAAGCGGAAAGCCAAGGAGGCCGACGAGGAGGCGGAACAAGAAGAAGAAGAGGUCAAGCCCUCCAAGAAGACCAAGAAGGAGAAGACCCCCAAGAAGAAG